AUGGCCCGAGUUUUUGUCUAUGGCACUUUGAAGAAGGGCCAGCCCAACUACCACCGCAUGUUUCUCAGCUCCAAUGGCAAAACUGAAUUCCUGGGCACAGCAAAGACGGUGGAAAAAUUCUCCUUGGUGAUCGCCGGGGUCUACAACAUCCCAUAUCUCCUCAACCUUCCCGGCCAGGGCAAUCAAAUCCACGGGGAGAUCUACAAGGUGGACGAGCAGAUGCUGAAGUUCUUGGAUGACUUUGAAGGCGUUCCCACUCACUAUCAGAGGACUUUGAAAAAGCUGGAGGUGAAGGAGUGGGUCGCACAAGCCGGCGAAGAGACACUGGCCCCUGGGAGCAUAACCGAAGCCCAUCUCUACAGCACCAUGACGUACGACCCGGAAUGGAUCAACCUCCCUGCCUACGACAACUAUGACUCCUACGGCAGCCACGGGCUGACGGCUAUCCCAGCAAAUAGUAUCCCUGCUUAUGUGGACUGA